AUGCUGGAAUCGAAAUUGAUUUACAUCCUCGCGAAAUUCCUCAACUUCACGUACGAAAUUCACGUUCCCGCGGACGUUCUUCAAUUGGGUUCGCCUGACGAAACGAAAGGCAACGGUUCGUGGACGGGAGUGUUGGGUCAACUUCUACGCGAUGAAGUGGACAUGUCGAUUUCAUUCGGUCCGUGGUUUCAUUCGAGGCAUUUGGUUGUCGACGUGAGCGUGAUGGUAGUCGUUGACGAAAUCUCAAUUAUGGUCCCGUAUCCAACGCAAGAAACCGACGCAAGAGGCUAUCUCAAAGCUUAUUCACUUUGGACUUGGAUAUUGAUUGUGGGAUCGUUCUGGUGCGCAAUUUUAGCGCUAUGGGCUGUGGCGCAUAUUCAGCAAAAAGGAGAGAGAAAUUUAUGGAGAAUAAUGGUGUUCGUCACCUCCGUUAGCUUGGGACAAAACGAUAUCUCGACAUACUCAUCAGCUUCUCGAUUGGUGCAGGGCAGUUUGUUCCUCGGUUUGUUAGUGUUGAGCUACGCGUUCACUGGGAUCCUAAUUUCAUUGAUUACAAGUCCAAAGUAUCACUUUGUUGUCCGUUCCAUUGAAGACGUGAUUGCCAAUGAAAAUAUUAAACCACUCAUUAUUCACGAAUCAAGUACGCAAGCCGAGUUUGAGGAAUCUACUCACCCAACAUUUCAAAAGGUCUUUGAACGCGUAAAAGCUAAUCCGAAGCUAUUAGUUCCAUCGUCCAGUGAUUUAAUCGAGGUCUUGUUAAGUGAUCCGCACCACGUUUUGAUUAUGUCUCAUCUUCUAGCAGACUCUGAAAUCGAAAAGGAUUUCAGGAAAAAGCGGAUUUGCCGUGCUACCAUUUUACCCAAGUGCGUCAAUGUCAGGACAAACAGCCUGUUCCUCCAAAAGGGUAGCCGUUACACGACGUUGAUUAACAAACAGUUGCUAUUGUUGAGACAGGCAGGUUUGUCGGAUUAUUUGGAUAGCAGCUUCGAUACGUUUUCAUCGAGGUGUGACAUUGACGAACGCAAAAUGAAGAGGAGCAAACGGGAUCGUCGGUUGUCUCCACUGACUCUGAACGACUUGCGAGGCAUUUUCGGUAGUUUUGCCUUUUUCUUUGUUGGCAGUUUUGUUGUGUUUCUAUGCGAACUGCUCACUGUCAAAUGUCGAUAUUGCAAUGCGUUUUGACUGCCAGUAGUUUGAAUAAGCACAACGUAAGGCUUAUUAGCACUUGGUGACGUAAAACGACAUGCUGUGACUCAGCUAACUUGCCCAGUGUGUUAGUUUAUGGUGAGGAGAGUCUGUUGUUUCUUCUCAUUAUCACAUAUACAUUUAAUCUCGUGUAUUUUAGCUUUGCGUGAACGGUAGUUGCACAGUCGGAAGACAAGUGCGUCACCCUUUC